GGCUGACUCCAACGUCAAUACUUCCUAGAUUAUUCAAAAUCACCCAUUCAAUCAACAUGCAAAAAAUCGUUUUGUGCGCGUUUGCCUUAUUGGCUCUUGCCGCGGCUGCUCCCCAAGAUCAGGAGCCAGCUUAUAUCCUCAAACAGGAAUCAGACGUUAAUCCCGAAGGAUACAAUUUUGAGUUCGAAACCAGCGACGGCACUUCUCGUCAAGAGCAAGGCACUCUAAAGCAGAUCACCGAAGACCAACAAGCCAUAACAGUACAAGGCAGUUACAAAUACAACGCACCCGACGGUCUAACGUACGUAGUCACAUACGUCGCUGACGAGCACGGUUACCAGCCACAGGAGCACAUCGAACAACCGGGACAGUAAAACUGGCUAUAUUUAAAAGGUGCGUUUCAUGAAUACGCACGUAUUAAUAAGAAAAUGUCUCGCCACCCAGCAGUGAUAGUUUGAUAGAAACGAA